AUGGAGGCCCAGACACCUGGCAGCAGGAGAGGGUGGGGUCCAGGGGAGCUGGAGGAGGAGGAGGAGGAGGAAGAUGGGGUUCCCAAGACACCUGGCAACAAGAGAGGGUUGGGUCCAGAGGAGGAGGAGGAGGAUGGGGUUCUCAAGACACCUGGCAACAAGAGCGCGUUGAGUCCAGGGGAGGCUACCAGCCUGGCUAUUAGUCACGAUGCGGGUAUCGGCGGCGGCGGUGGUGUUGGCGGAGGUGGCGCGUCUCGGGGCGACUGGAGGGAGGGUUGGGGAGGCUCCUCGUCCUCCAUGCUGCCCAGGUCCGUACCUGCGUCGCCGCCCACGGAGACGCCAAGAUGGCAGCCAAUACAGAGCUACACGAUCGCAAUGCGGCACAGGGGAACAACAAAAUCAAUGAGUAUGUGGGGCCUGACAGAGGAGGACAUCCAGGAAGAAAUGGAGAACGAGGAGCAGGACCUGGUCAAGAGCUUGGUUGCCAUGUCAAACCAAGACUGUGACACAGCUAUCCGUGCUCUAGCAAAGAGCUUCAAUGAGAAGAAACACAUACGGAGUCAAGUCAUGGCAUCCAGAUCGGUCCGGAGAAAGCACCAGCUCACCUGCUGUGCCGACUGCUCUGGUCGGCUUGCACUGUUCCAGCGCAGGUUGCGUAUGGGCCUGGCGUCGGCCCGGCAGGCCCUGGUGCUGUGGCAGGCCUUCCUGAAGGAGGUGGGCGGCAAGUUCGGCUCCAGCGUGCUCUCCUACUUCCUGUUCCUCAAGUGGCUGCUGAUGUUCAACCUGCUAUCCUUCCUCGUCACCUUCAGCUUCAUCACCAUCCCGCAGCUGGUGUCUGGGCACGACGCCAACAACACCGAACCCUUCACGGGCCUGGAAUUGCUCACGGGAACGGGUUACUUCAGUAAAACAGUCAUGUACUAUGGCGGCUACAGCAACAAUACGGUCGGCAUGUCUCCCAGUCCAACGUACAACCUCCAGCUGGCCUACCUCUUCACAAUAGCUGCAUAUAUGCUGCUGUGUGGAAUCUCUCUCCUAUACAGUAUGGCGACAUCGUUCCAGAAGAACUUUGUGCUGCAGGGAGCCUCCGGCGGGGCUUGGACGGUGCUCUGCAGUUGGGACUUUGGUGUGACCAGUGAGAAAGCAGUGCACCGACGCAAAGCCAACCUCACCAUCCAGCUCAAGGAGUCCCUGGCAGAUAAGGCCCAGAAGGAUCAGCUGUCAUCCUCAGAGCAGUGCGUACGCCUCCUGAUCCACCUGGGCACCUGGUUCCUCUCCACCGGAUUGGCUGUCGGCUCCUGCGCUGCCAUCUACUUCCUGUCCGAAUUUGAGCAGGAGCUACAUACUAAAGACGCAUCCUCUGACAACAAGCAGCUGAUCGAUGCUUCCACCCUCCUCGUGCCGUUCGUGGUGUCUCUGGUCAACCUGGUGAUCCCUCUCAUCUACUCCCUCUUCAACAAGAUCGAGCACUUUGCCAACCCACGCAUGCAGGUCUACACCGUCAUCAUCAGAAACGUCCUCCUGAAGAUGUCCAUCCUGGGUAUCCUGUGUUACUACUGGAUGGAUCAGGUGGCAGACAGUAGUGGUGGCAUGCGAGAUCAGUGUUGGGAGACUGCUGUUGGUCAGGCGUUGUAUCGGCUCGUGGUGGUUGAUUUCUUCUUUCUGUUGUUGGGGUCCUUCUUUGGAGAAUUCCUGAGCAAUGUCAUUGGCAGCCGCCUGGGCUUUGGCAUUCCGGAAUUUGACAUUGCCCGGAACGUUCUAGACCUCAUCUACUCCCAGACGCUCGCAUGGAUUGCCACCUUCUUCUCUCCUCUCCUGACCAUCAUACAGAUAUUGAAGUUCUUCAUUCUGUUUUACGUCAAAAAGGUGAGCCUGAUGAACAACUGCCAGCCCCCGCGGCGCACCGGGAGAGCGGCCCAGAUGCAGACCUGCUUCAUCGCCCUGCUCUUCUUCCCCUCCUACGUGGGGGCCCUCGCCAUAGUGGCCUACACUGUCUGGAGUUUGGAGCCAUCGGAGAGCUGCGGCCCUUUCCGCAGCCUAGAGAAGCCCUUUGAAGUGGUGGAGCAGUGGAUGGACAUGGAGGAACAGGAGUGGGUGGUCUGGAUCUACGAGAACGUCAUCAAGAGCGAACUCUUCUUCUACCUACUGGCUCUCUUUAUGCUCGUGGUGACCUAUUUCUUCUGGCAAGUGACAAGGGGACGAAAACUGCUCAUCGUGCUGCUCAGACAACGCAUCGUGAACGAAGGGACGGAUAAAGUGUUCCUGCUCGACAGACUAAAAGAUCUCCAGAAAGCAAAUAAGGCAUCCGCCAAUAAACCGAAAAACAAGAGGAAACCUAAUCAAAGGAAUGUCAGCAAUAGACAGUGGUAUUCAGAACCUGACUAUGAACCUGCUCCUCCGAGUCGGCCCUCUCAGACUGUGCCCCAGCCCCAGCCCCAGCCCCAGCCCCAGUACCAGCCACAUUACCAGCCGCCCCCGUCGACCCCAUCAGCCCCCAGUGCUCUCAUCCAGGCCAUGCUGGCCAGGCAGCAGGCGGAGGCCGAGAUGGAGGACGAAUACGACUACUGAAUACGACCCUUUUACACGCACACAUGUGCCAUCACACACAUGUGCUAUCUCUCUCGCACUCUGUCAUAUACACACUGUCUCUCACACAAACACACACACACGCGUGCGCACACACACACACACACACACACACAGUUCUUGACCAGGGGUGCAUUUCUAGAAACCAUAGUUGUUAGCCAGUUAGCAACUUGGGUAGUUGCCAAUGGGAAAUUGCAUUGCAAACAACAUAGUAGCUAAUGUAGUUAGCAACUAUGGUUUCGAGGAAUGCACCCCAGACUUGACCGUUUCAGCACAUUAUGACAUAGAGGGGGCACUGUGAACACCUGAAAACUGAGAACUGGAUGAAAAAGUAUCACUUGUCAGUGAAAGUAUCACUUGCCAGUGCACUAUUUUUUAUAUCUUAAAUCAACACGGAGGAGUGUUUUUUCAUGUUUAAGAUAAUGCUGCAAAAAAAAGUUUAGUGCUUCAUCAAUUUGUGACAGCAUGGAAGGUAUCUCCGAAUUUUCUUUACAUCACUCUAUGGCCGAUAAUCACACUGAGAAAGUGUGGUACCUCUCUGUAAUUCUCUGUACUGUAUGUAACGAUGAGGCGGUAACACGUUACAAUAAGGGAUGCAGAAAAAGAUUUGUAAAGAGUCAAGACUUUAUUCUUAAUUAUUUAUAAAAUAUCUACAA